AUGGAAGAAAAUAAGGAAAAUAAUCACAGCAUAUCCAAAUUCAUGAAUCCAUUGCAACCUUCGCCGGUAUUCAAUGUGGAUGGUGGAAAUUUUUCAAUAAGUAAUCGAACACCUGAUAGUGUUGGUGAAAAAGCUGCGAAUGAACAACCUCAACAUGGUAAGACUGCAAAUUCCAUGAAUACCGAUGAAUCUCGUGAUUCAUCAAGACCAUCAUCAAUGAUGACUAAUAAAGAUGCAAGUUUCACUGAAGCUGAGGUAGGAAGUAAUGAUACCCCCGAAAUAGUUGAAAUUGAGCUGAACGAGAAUGUUGCAAAUAAAAUAAACAUCAAUAAUAACCAUGACACCGUAUCCAAGAGUGAAGAAAUAGAACAAUCGAAGGAGGAAACUGAAUCAAAAGGAAUUGAAAUACCCCCUGAAAGUUUCGCUAGUACUCUUACCAAUGGAAAGUUCAGUCUUGACCAAAUAAUACAUUUAUUGUCUUUAGGUUAUCCUAACAAUAUUGAACAGUAUAGUGAACAUUUAUAUAAGGUUUUGUCACUUCUUUAUGAAGACAAUUGCUUAAACCAAAAACAAUCAAAUGACUUGAAGGACAAAUUAUUCGAGUUAUACAAUAAUUUACCUUGUUUUAUUGAUUUUAAAAACCCCAUGGCUUCAAAGUUAUAUUUGGUCAUAAAUAAGAAUUUUGAUAUUUUGAUCAAGAUUUCCAUCAAUAAUGAUUCUAACAGUUUGUUGUUAUCCACUAAUUCAAUCAGAUUCUUAACAAAUGUGAUAAUGAGUUUGAAUUAUUGGGAAAUUUAUAAUCUAUUGAAUUGGAAACCUUCUAUUUAUCAUUUUUUACAAAUUAUUCAAUUCGAUUUAAAUGAGUGUUACCUAAAAUUCUUAAGUGAUUAUUCAAGUUAUAAUUAUCAACAAUCAACAGUUUUAUACAAUAGGGAGAAUAUAGGUAACAGGUCAACUAAACGAGUAAGUCAAAUAAUAGAAGAGCAAGAAAAUGACAAAGUCAGAACUCAAGAACUCACAGAAGCUGAUUAUCCUCCCCCCAAACGUCAAUACCGUCGUCAAAGUCAACAAUCUACCAGAUCUAGUGUUGAUUAUUCAAAAGAUAAUGAUGAUAAUGAUGAAGGUAAUGAAGCAGAUCCCACUUUGAUAAAUUUGAUGAAUGAAAGCGGAGCUUUACAAUUCAAAGGAAGAGUUAUUGGUGAUGCCAACAAUAUUCAAAGCAUGGAACUCUUAUCGCUCGACGGCUCUUCCACAGGUAUGAUAGCACAACUUGAUCCUAACACUAAUGACAGCUAUACAUAUCCAGUAGGGGCAGGGGGUAGAAAUUCACCUGAAAAGAAGAGAUUGAAAUUAGAACCCAAACAUGCCAGAAAAAUAAUCAAAAGAGCAAACUCCAGGCUUUCAACUAAAUCAUCAAAUUAUGAUCCUGAUGUGGUCCAUGAAUGUCAAUUAUCAUCGGCUGAUGAACCUAAUAAAUUAUGUUUGAGAAGAUUCUCAAGAAAGUAUGAAUUGAUUAGGCACCAAGAGACCGUUCAUUCCAAGAAGAAGAAAUUAUUCAAGUGUUAUGUUUGUGUGAAACAAAAUCCUUCAAUUGGACCAAGAAUAUUCACCAGACAUGAUACCUUAGCUAAACAUAUUAGAGUUAAUCAUAAAAUUUCUGGUAAGGAAGCCAAAUCAGAAGUAUCAUUUUCUAAAAAGCAUGCAGAAAUUGUUGAAGAGGGUGAUAUUACUGUUCAUGUUGGUAGACGUAAAACUAAAGUUGAUUUUGAAUUGAGAGCCCAUAUGGAACGUAAACGUGUAGCCAAAGAAAUGGGAAUGACUGAUGAAGAAUUCUAUGAAAGAGAAAGUGAAAUUCAAAUCGAUGAAAACAAAAUUCUAUUAGCUUUAGAAGAGGAAGAUAUUGAUGGGUUGGAUUACGAUAACCUCGAUGAUAUCGAAGAUAUGGAUACAAGUACUAUGUCGGUCGACAAGAAGCCAGAAAUACCCGGCUUUAAAGAAGCUGAGGCAAGUUAA